AUGGCGACAAUGAAAGCCCUGGUGUAUACCGCCCCCGGCACGAUCGAGCUGCAAACCCGGCCGAAGCCCACGAUCGAAGCCCCGACCGAUGCCAUUAUUCGUAUCCAACAUGCUUCCAUCUGCGGCACGGAUUUGCACAUCCUCAAAGGCGACGUGCCCUCGAUCCAGCCCGAGCGGAUCCUAGGUCACGAAGGUGUCGGGAUCGUGGAGGAGAUCGGUGCUUCCGUGAGCAAGUUCGCCGUCGGGGAUCGGGUGUUGAUUGCCAGUCAGACGUGUUGUGGAGGUUGCCGGUUCUGCCAGAGAGGGAUUGUGUCGCACUGCGAUGAGGGAGGAUGGCGGUUGGGCCACCGGGUGGACGGGACGCAGGCGGAGUAUGUGCGGAUUCCACAUGCGAACCUGUCGCUGCAUCAGAUUCCAGCCGGCAUCCCGGGUCGGAUUGCGAUCAUGCUGUCGGAUGUGCUCCCGACCGGGAUGGAAUGCGGGACGUUGAACGGCAAGGUGACGCCCGGAGGCAGCGUGGUGAUCAUUGGGGCGGGACCGAUUGGCGUCGGGUGUCUGUUGACGGCGCAGUUGUAUUCGCCGGCGACGUUGGUGAUGGUGGACGUGGACGAGGCACGGUUGGAGCAGGCACGAGCCAUGGGAGCGCAGACGGUCAACACGAGAGCGCCGGAUGCCAAGGAAAGGUUGGACCGACUGACGGACGGACAAGGGUUCGACUCGGUCAUUGAGGCGGUCGGGAUCCCGGCGACGUUUGAACAGGCACAGGAGUUGGUGGCGGUAGGAGGGUCAAUAGCGAAUGUGGGAGUGCAUGGCGUCAAGGUCGAUUUGCAUAUCGAGAAACUGUGGGAUCGGAAUAUCAGCAUCAACAUGGCGCUGGUCAACGCGACAUCGAUACCGCGGCUGAUGCGGUUGGUCCAGAGCGGCAUGCUGGACGUGUCGAGUUUGGUCACUCACUCGUUCCCCAUGGUACAGGCGGACCAAGCGUACAGCACGUUUCAGGCGGCGGCUCAACAUCGGGCGUUGAAGGUAACGAUAGACAUGGAGUAA